AUGCCACCAACAUCAACACCAACAAAAGCCCUCCGAAUCAAACUCCGCCGCCUCUGCGAAAAGUGGGAAAAGUGUCGGCCGUACGUGGAGAGGGUGAAGGACAUCUGA